AUGAACACAAACGUAAUAGAAGAUGGUCACGAUUCGCAGGGGCACUAUCUCUGCGAAUGUUCAUGGGCGGUGGUGAUCGCUUACCAUCAGGUAAACCAACCAGUCCAAUCUCAUGGUGAACGGCAUGACGCGUCGCGGGACGUCAAGCACGAGCGUCAGUCGGCGUGUGACGACGUCAUCGCUGACGUCAGUACGUCGGACGAACGGCGCGCCCGUGCGAGCACUCGAGACGGACCCGCGCCAAAUUGUUUGAAGUAUGAAAGAAUCAUAAAAAGCGAUAAAGACAAACAGGAUAUUGUUAACAAGAUUAACAGUCGAAGAAAUAAGGUCGCAUCUGGUGAUAUACGUUCGCUGCCACCAGCGAGUAAUAUGAUGAAAGUGAAAUGGAAUGAAGAAUUAGAGAAAUCAGCACAGCGUUGGGCUGACCAAUGUGAAGGCGGUCUGGAUUUAGAAGACACUUGUAGAAAUUUAGAGAACAUUCCUGUGGGACAAAACAUUGCUACACUGUACGGCGAAGUAACAGAUGUCAAACCGUCUACAAUGGUUGAUCUGUGGUACAUGCAGCUUCUUCAUAUAAACCCUGCUAUUAUAGCCAAGUACCAACCAUCAUCGACAAGACGUUUCCACCGUCAUGAUUACUUCACCCAACUGGUUUGGAGUGAAACCACAGAUGUAGGUUGCGGCGCGGUUAAAUUUCAAGAACGUUUCCCAGAAACUUUUAAUAAAAGUAGAACAGUUUUUCGUUUGGUUUGUAACUUUAUGCCGUGUGGUAAUAUUGAGGGACAACGUGUGUACAAUCAAGGACCUCCAUGCUCUUCUUGUGGACUGAACAUUAAUUGUGAUUCAAAUCAUAAAUAUUUAUGCGAGCAAAAAAUAGAAGUAGUAAAAACUAGACCAAAUGCAGAAGAAAUGAAUUAUAGCAUUGUUUUAAAUAACACGCAACUAAACAAAUUAGAAAAUGCACCAAACGCAAAAAACAAUUCUUUGGCUGAAGCAACUGAAUCAGUAACGGGUGUAGAUAGUGACAUAACACUUGAUUUAUUUUCCUUUUUAAUUAACAUUAAUGAAAAUACAACAACUCCACAUACUGAAAUUACACGAUUAUGUAAAGAUGUAUUAUUUGUGGACGAAUUUAUGGACAUACUAAGAAAGAAGCUAAGCACAGAUACUUUAUUGAAGGACAUGUUAAUGACUACAAAAACAGCGCAAAGUGAUAAACAAUAUUCUGAUGCCAAAAUAGAUGCUAUUGUUAGUAAAAUUUAUGGGCAGAAAACGACGCCUACAUCUACAAAAACAACAAUGAGUGAAAGUAUAAAUUCAACAUUGCUUGUGGAUUUAGUGGAAGCUGUUAUCUUUAGAAGUCGAGAUAAAAUUUCAAAAGGUGAAGACACAUCUUCAGUAUUAGAUGCAUCAAUUGAAGCGAGAACGGUUCAAAUGCAGGCUGAAUUAGCUGAAACACGGCAAAAUCAAGAAUUUACUGGUCACUAUUUCUUUCCUGAAGAGGAAGAACGGGAAGAGAACAUCAAAGAACAAACAGAACCUUAUUAUGAUUCCUCUAUAGUACCGAUAUCGGAAAUAGAACUAGAAAUUGAAGAAUUAAAAAGAAACAGAGGAACGAAAGAUUUUCUUGACGACAUUUUAGAGACUGAUCUCUACACAGAAAGCCAGGAGCGAAAUCAUUUCAUUACAUUUGAUGAUAAUAAAGGUACCUAA